GCCCAAUUAUAUCUGUUAGCUUUACUUGGGACUGCUCACGACGGACACUUGGGAUAGAUUUUCUUCUCACGACGGACGCUUGGGACUGCUCCCUCCCUCCCUCUGACAACCACCCAUCGAUCCCAAACACUCACCGCGGCCACCACCUCUAACCCGACACGGUCCCGAAUCCCAGUAAUCUUGUUCCGGAUUCAGCUGAUAGACGCCAAGAACUGGGCUUCAAGUCCCAGCCGGGUGUGCGACCGACAACGAGGUAGGGGCAGGAUGUCAAGCAGGAACGAAGAAGUUUUGAAGCUUAAAAACAAGAUUAUUGAAUGCCAACAGGAAGCGCUGCGGCUAUUGCAGGAGAAACAGGGGUGGCCUGCCAAAUCUAAUCUUAUGCAACAGACAAAAGAAAGAGCUGUAGCUGACUUGACAAGACAAUCGACCGAAACAUCUGAAUUUGACAAGGAACUCAUCGAUCUGUACAAAGCCUUGAAGCGUGAGGAGAAGUCUGAAACCAAUGGAUUCUUUAAACACACACACACAUAUAUGUUUGUUUUGGUGUGUUUGAAACAAAAAGGAAAGCUUUGUUUGCAGCUAAAAGAUAUUUUUGACGAGACGCAAGCUUCGCAUGAGGAACAUAGGAAAGCUAUGGAAAAAAAGGUGAUAGAAGUAGAGUGUACGUUGGAUACUGUAGAUAAGAGAUUGUCAGCGAUGCUUGAAAAUCGCGUAGAGAUGGGGAAGAGACUAGAAAAUCUUAAUGUUUUCUAUGAGGCUGUGUAUUCUACUCUCAAAUCGAAGAAGUCUAACAGUGUCUCUCUUGUCAAAGAAGCUCAGCGUGAUCAUCCUGAUGGACAGAAUGGACCCAAAAUGCGAAAAAGGAGAGGGUCGAAGAAGUCUCAAUAGGAACCUUGAAGACCUGUUUGGGCUGUUGGCUGUGAGUGGAACUUGUUUUACAUUUAGGAGUUCAGUUGUUUCUUAUGUUUCUAAGACAUGGCUCGAUGUUCAAACUAUUCGUAAGACUUUUAUAUCUGCCCUCUUGACAUUGUUUAAACUACACUCUGGUUUCAUAUGUCUAUUUUGGUUAUUCUCUCUA